GAACGGCGCGUUCGCGCGCAGGAAGGGCCGCGGCCGCCAUCUUGUUUGCUUGAGCGAGCGGCUCGGCUCCGCUCGGCUCUACUUCGGUUCCACUCGGCUCGGUCCGGUUCGGCUUUGGCUCAGCUUCGGUUCGGUUCGGCGCCGCUCGACUCGGCUCGGGCUCGGCCCGGCCCGGCUCGGCUCGGCUCGGCAGGAGCAGCGAGCGGUCCCCGGGCCCGGAGCAGGGUUUGCACUUUGUUUUAGACAUCUGGGACCAUGUUCUAUGCCCACUUUGUCCUGAGCAAACGUGGGCCGCUGGCCAAAAUCUGGCUGGCGGCCCACUGGGAUAAGAAGCUGACCAAAGCCCAUGUUUUUGAAUGUAAUCUGGAGAGCAGCGUGGAGAGCAUCAUUUCCCCAAAGGUGAAGAUGGCACUUCGAACCUCAGGACAUCUUUUACUAGGCGUUGUUAGAAUCUACCACAGGAAAGCAAAAUAUCUUCUUGCAGACUGUAAUGAGGCUUUCAUUAAGAUUAAGAUGGCUUUUCGUCCAGGAGUUGUUGAUUUGCCUGAGGAAAACAGAGAGGCUGCUUAUAAUGCUAUUACCUUACCUGAGGAGUUUCACGAUUUUGACCAACCACUCCCUGAUCUAGAUGAUAUUGAUGUGGCUCAGCAGUUCAGUUUGAACCAGAGUAGAGUGGAAGAAAUUACAAUGAGAGAAGAAGUAGGCAACAUCAGUAUCCUCCAGGAUAAUGACUUUGGUGACUUCGGGAUGGAUGAUCGUGAGAUGAUGAGAGAAGGUAGUGCAUUUGAGGAUGACAUGCUGGUGAGCACUAGUGCUUCCAAUCUCCUCCUGGAACCUGAACAGAGCACCAGUCACCUCAAUGAGAAAUCUAAUCACCUGGAAUAUGAAGACCAAUACAAAGAUGAUAAUUUUGGGGAAGGAAAUGAUGGUGGAAUAUUGGAUGACAAACUUCUCAGUAAUAACGAUGGUGGUAUUUUUGAUGACCCACCUGCGCUCUCAGAAAGUGGAGUAAUGAUGCCAGAGCAGCCUCCCCACGAUGAUAUGGAUGAUGAUGAUAAUGUAUCAAUGGGAGGCCCCGACAGCCCUGACUCGGUCGAUCCCGUGGAGCCCUUACCAACCAUGACUGACCAGACAACGCUUGUUCCCAAUGAAGAGGAAGCUUUUGCUCUGGAGCCUAUUGACAUAACAGUCAAGGAAACCAAAGCAAAGAGGAAGAGAAAGCUGAUUGUGGACAGUGUGAAAGAACUGGACAGCAAGACUAUUCGAGCCCAAUUAAGUGACUACUCUGAUAUUGUUACUACUUUGGAUUUGGCACCUCCCACUAAGAAAUUGAUGAUGUGGAAAGAAACUGGUGGAGUUGAAAAGCUUUUCUCUCUGCCUGCACAGCCUUUGUGGAAUAACAGACUACUGAAGCUCUUUACUCGCUGUCUCACACCUCUGGUACCAGAAGACCUGAGAAAGAGGAGGAAAGGUGGAGAAGCUGACAAUCUUGAUGAGUUCCUUAAAGACUUCGAAAACCCAGAGGUUCCCAGAGAGGAGCAGCAGCAGCAACAGCAGCAACGAGAUGUCAUUGAUGAACCUAUUCUGGAAGAGCCAAGCCGUUUGCAAGAGUCGAUGAUGGAGGGCAGCAGAACCAACCUGGAUGAAUCAGUUAUGCCACCCCCACCAGCUCAGACCGGCGUUAAACGCAAACUGCAGCAAGUAGAACCAGAGCCAGUGUUACCUCAUCCACCAUCACAACAGCUGGAAAUACCACCUGUAGAAAUGCCUCCAGAGGAGCCCCAAAACAUCUGCCAGCUAAUACCAGAGCUAGAACUUCUGCCAGAAAAAGAGAAGGAGAAGGAAAAGGAGAAAGAGGAAGAGGAGGAGGAGGAGGAAGAAGACGGCACAGGGGGUGAUCAGGAUCAAGAAGAAAGGAGAUGGAACAAGAGGACUCAACAAAUGCUCCAUGGCCUUCAGAGAGCUCUUGCUAAGACUGGAGCAGAAUCUAUCAGUUUGCUUGAGCUGUGCAGAAAUACGAAUAGAAAACAAGCAGCUGCAAAGUUCUACAGUUUCCUGGUACUGAAAAAGCAGCAAGCUAUAGAGCUGACACAGGAGGAGCCCUACAGUGACAUCAUUGCCACCCCUGGUCCCAGGUUUCACAUUAUCUGAAUGGUUCCCUAGAGCAGAGCCAGUGCUCACCAGCGCGUGCGUGUAUUGCCCCGUCCGUAGGGCCCACAAGACCAUUGCAGAAAAUUUAGAUUUUGUCUGUAUAAAGUCCUUGGUUUUCUCUUGGGGUUAUUUUGGGGUUUGUAUUUUAACUUUACCACUCAAAAUUUUAGUGAAACUGCUGGCUGGUUUGGGUGACUUGAGUUCCAGCUGCAGAAACCAGACAUCUCAAGCACCCAGAUGAAGAUUGUUUUAGCAGCUCAGAGCAGAUGUGUGCAAUAUUGGUGCAUGUGAUGUUGAGUAUCAAUGACAUGUCUUACAAUAAUUUGACUAGUUGAUUCAGUAUAGAUAUUUUUAACCUAUACAAGUAAAUCUGAAUGGCCAACCUUUUGUCUGAUUAAAAACUUUGCCAAACU